AUGUUGGAUGGGUAUCUCCAUGUAAGCGAGCAAACUGGACGAGAGUGCCUAGCUAAAUUCUGUCGGGCAGUCAUUGAAACAUUCAAGAAUGCAUACUUGAGAAAGCCAACGACCGACGAUACCAAGAUGAUGGUGAACAUGCACGAGCGGGUCCACGAAUUCCCCGGGAUGCUGGGCAGCAUCGACUCUAUGCACUGGCAGUGGAAGAAUUGUCCAAUAGCUUGGAGAAGACACUAUACUAGCGGGCACAAAGGCACAUAUCCGACGAUCGUGUUGGAGACCGUUGCCGACCAACGAUUGUUGAUCUGGCUCGACCUCAAUGUGUUGAACGAGUCUCUAAUGUUCAACAACCUUUGUGUCGGGCGAGCGCCGAACAUAGAGUUCACGGCCAACCGUCGUCGGUAUAGUAUGGGAUACUUUCUGGCAGAUGGGAUCUACCCCCGAUGGCUCGUGUUCGUGAAGACUAUCACAUGUCCGACAACACCGAAGAGGUCAUUGUUCGCCCGAAAGCAAGAGGCAGCUCGGAAAGAUGUGGAGCAUACAUUCGGAGUCCUCCAAGCACGGUUGGAUAUAGUAAAAGGAGCGGCCCGUGGAUGA